AUGUCGUCAACAGAACAAAAGCGCACGAUUCUUGUCACUGGCGCUAAUAGAGGCAUUGGCUUUCUCAUAGUCAAGAAACUUGCGAAAGAAUCACUACCUAAUAGUACUAUCAUUUUACUUGGCAGUCGUGAUUUGAAACGAGGUGAGGAUGCACUCAUACAGUUAGGAUCUCCAUCAAAUGUUCACGUUCUACAAUUGGAUACAUCUAGUCGCGAAAGUAUUAUUCGAGCUAAAGAUGAAAUCAACCAAAAAUACGGUGGUCAACUAGAUGUCGUUAUUAACAAUGCUGCUAUCAUAAGGAAAGAUUUAAGUGCCGAUGCAGCUCGAGAAAUAUUUGGCACCAACUAUUAUGGUGUUAAAAUACUCAAUGAAUAUUUAUUUCCUCUGAUGCAAGAGAAUGGCCGCAUAAUCAAUGUAUCUAGUCGCGCCGGUCCCAUUGUGCUGUAUAAAGCCUCUCAAGCCCUUCAAGAAAGAUAUGCAUCAUCGACAUUGACAAAAUAUCAACUUGACCAACUAGUUGAAGAGUUUAUCUCAGCCAUCGAGACAAAUACUCUUGAACAUCUUGGAUACAAUGCGGAGCCGUCCUUUCUUAUGUAUGGUGUUAAUACAAAUUGCCAGAAAUCUCAAGCAUAA